AUGAUUUUGUUUAUACACUCUGUCACAAAAAAAUGUAUGCACCCAGAAGAAAUCGAGCCACAAUCACAAAAGUCAGUACGAAUGUAGUCUGGUAAGAGAUAUGCAAAUGAUUAAAAUUUCGACGCCAAUGAGACAAGGCUAACGGCGGUACGAGCAUAUGAGAUGCGCAGCUGGGAGAGUUUAAAAGGACGAGUGCUUGCGCCGUAGGGCUAUUUAAACGAAUCUGUCGACUUGGAUGGAUGGUAUUGUGAAUAGAGAUGCCUCUGAGACGUAACAGGCGGCAGUACGAGCAGUUGACGGAGUUUGAAAGGGGCCGUAUAGUAGGCCUCAGAGAAGCCGGUUGGUCGAACAGGCAUAUCGGCCGCCACCUCUGUCGGAGCGAUAUGGUAGUUGCUCGGUGUUGGCAACAGUGGAUGACGGAAGGGAGAGUCUACCAUCGCAGAGGGUCAGGACGUCCCAGAAAUACAAAUGAGCGCGAGGAUCGCGCAAUCAGAAGAGCGGCAACGUCCACACCAACAAUGUCGCUAUCAUCAAUUCAACGCCAUUUACCACCUUCCAGGCAUACGGUGGCAUCAAGGGAAACCAUUAGGAGACGACUGGCCGAUGCUGGUAUAAGGAGCCGACGUCCAUUAAGACGCUUACCACUGACCCCACAUCAUAGGCAGUGUCGAUUGGAUUUUUGCCGAUCUCGGGCAAGUUGGAGUGUGACUGACUGGAGGCGUGUGGUCUUCAGCGAUGAAUCCCGAUUCAGUCUCAGUGCUGAUGACCACCGAACACGCGUGUGGAGGUUAUCACUGGAUUUAAUAAUGUGUUUAUUGAUCAAAGAAAUGGAAAAAGAAAAACAAUUGGACAAUUUAAUCAGUGAAGAAUUCUACCAAAUUGAAGAGGAUUACUGUAAAAGUAGUCUUGAGGCUACAAGAACUAUGAAAAUACAUGAAUAUUUCAAAACAUUAAGAGAUACAGAACCAGAGCUUAAUAUAGAAUUACAAGGAAUUAAGACAGAAGUAAAUUCAUUGAAACAGGAAAACAAAUAUUUUCAAGGAGAAUUGACAAAAUUGUUCCAAAAAAUAGAAAAAAUGGAGGAAAUAUCCAAAAAUCAUAGCCAAAUAAAGAGUAUGUUGGAAUUUGAAAUAGAUAAACUGAAGAUCCAAUUAGUUGAUAUGCUGGUAUAUGUAUGGAUGCAUGUAACUUUUGUUAAAUGGAUAGCUGAAGCAGCAAAAUUUGGAACAGUUGGCAUUUUAGUGAAUACCUCCUUUUCCCUUCGGUUGGCCAGAAUGAAAGAUAAAUGA